AUGAUGCCGCUGCCGAUGGCCAUGAACCCGCUAUGGCGCUCGGCCAUAAACCUCCUCGUGGCUCGCGGCACCCCCUCCCCUGCCCGUGUCCUACAGCAGCAUACCUUCUCCACGACUGCGCCCACCCAAACCAAGACCAUCAAGCCGCACCGCCUUCCAUCCAACCUCAUCCCACCCUAUCCCUACGGCGAACGCCGCGUCUACAAGCAGUCCAACCGUGGCCUCUACGGCACUGCCCGCAUCCGUUUCGGCAACAACGUCGCCGAGAAGCAUGGCAACAAAUCGCGCCGCUUCUGGCGUCCCAACGUCCACGUCAAGGCCUUUUACUCUCCGUCCCUCGGCGCCCGCGUCAAGACCCGCCUCACACUCCGCGUGCUCAAGACCAUCCGCCGCGAGGGCGGCAUCGACAACUACCUCCUCAAGAGUAAACCUGCUCGCAUCAAGGAGCUUGGGCCCGGAGGCUGGAACUUGAGGUGGCUGCUUAUGCAGACUCGAGCCGUUCAGGAGCGCUUUAACGACGAGAGGGUCGCCCUCGGCCUGGAGCCCAAGGAGGUCGUGGACCGCGACGACGUGAUUCAGUACGCCCUCGACUAUGCAACCCCAGGACCUCUGAGCACGCGCAGCCGGGCCACGCUGGAUGGCUUCGACGACGCCUUGGCAGAUGCCUUCGUCCUAGGCGACGACGCGCUUGGCGACCUCGAGGGUGUCGAGGAGCUUUCUGACGAGGCGGAGGAGCGGCUCUUGCAAGAAUUUGACGCUACGGAGGCAGCCAGCGGCGAAACUGAGAUGGCAAGCCGGCCUAUGGGAGCGUAA